AUGACCAGUCUAGCAGGGAAGCUGGACCCUCGGAGGGUCCAAUGGCGCUCGACGUGGAACACCUUUACGACCCGUGUCCUGAGGACCAAACCUGUGGAGUCCAUGUUGGAUUCGGCCACGUCGGGGACCAGCUCACAUGGCACCAGACUGGCGCGGGUCUUAUCUACAGUGGAUCUGGUGUCGCUGGGCGUGGGCAGCUGCGUCGGAACGGGGAUGUAUGUAGUCUCGGGGCUGGUUGCCAAGGAGAUGGCUGGCCCGGGGGUCAUCGUGUCCUUCAUUAUCGCCGCUGUGGCCUCCAUACUGUCAGGCGUGUGUUAUGCAGAGUUUGGCGUGCGGGUGCCUAAGACCACGGGUUCGGCCUACACGUACAGCUACGUGACCGUGGGCGAGUGCGUGGCGUUUUUCAUCGGCUGGAACUUGAUUCUGGAGUAUCUGAUUGGCACAGCGGCGGGGGCGUCGGCUCUCAGCAGCAUGGCCGACUCACUGGCCAAUCACAGCAUCAGUAACUUUAUGAUUACACACAUUGGGACGCUCAAUGGCCUGGGUAAAGGGGAGCAGUCGUACCCGGACCUGCUGGCGCUGCUGAUCGCACUGGUGGUGACGGUGAUCGUUGCUUUGGGAGUGAAGAACUCUGUGGGCUUCAACAACGUGCUGAACGUCAUCAACCUCAUCGUGUGGGUCUUCAUGAUGAUCGCCGGGCUGUUCUUCGUCAAUGGGGAGAACUGGGACGAUGGGAGAUUCCUGCCCUUUGGCUGGUCGGGGGUGAUGCAGGGUGCAGCCACCUGUUUCUAUGCCUUCAUUGGAUUUGACAUCAUUGCUACGACAGGAGAGGAGGCCAAGAGUCCCAACACCUCCAUCCCUUACGCCAUCACUGCCUCACUCAUCACCUGCCUCACUGCCUACGUCUCUGUUUCUGUGAUCCUGACUCUGAUGGUGCCGUACAAUGAGAUUGACGCAGACGCCCCGCUCAUGGAGAUGUUUGCCGUGCAUGGCUGUAUGUUCGCAAAGUAUAUUGUGGCGGUGGGCUCCAUAGCCGGACUCACUGUAUCCCUCCUGGGGUCCCUGUUCCCCAUGCCCAGGGUCAUCUACGCCAUGGCGGGGGACGGCCUGCUAUUUAAGUUCCUGGCCAAUGUGUCUUCCUACACAGAGACCCCUGCUGUUGCCUGUGUGGUGUCCGGCUUCCUGGCUGCCCUGCUUUCCCUCCUGGUUAGCCUCCGAGACCUCAUUGAGAUGAUGUCCAUAGGAACCCUGCUGGCCUACACUCUGGUAAGCCUGUGUGUUCUCCUGCUGCGUUACCAACCUGAGAGCGACAUCCACGGCUUUGUGAACUUCCUCUCCGAGGAGCAGAACAACAAGAGAAAGGAGGGCGUUCUGGCUGAGUGCGAGAAAGACGCCUGUUCACCGACCAGCGAGGCGGAUGAGUACGGAGGCCCGGCCACUAACACCUGUGGAGCCAAAAACCUGCCGUCACUGGGCGACAACGAGAUGCUGAUAGGCAAACCAGAUAAAAACACCUACACUGCCAGCCACCCAAACUACGGCACAGUGGAUAUGACCUCCGGCAUUGAAGCGGAGGAGUCAGAGGGCGGGUUGUCCCGGCGGUUGAAGAAGCUCAUUGGACCACGCUACUACACCUUGAGGAUCCGAUUGGGCCUCCCGGGAAAGAUGGACAGGCCAACUCCGGCCACUGGGAAAACUGUCACUGUGUGUGUGCUGCUCCUCUUCAUUUCCAUCUUUGCUUUCUGCUCCUUCAUCAUUUUUGGAGCGAGCUAUAUUGGGGAGGGUCGCUGGUGGGCUCUGCUGCUAUUAAUCUUCUUCAUCAUCUUCCUGGCCCUGCUCGUCAUCAUCAUCCUCCAGCAGCCGGAGAACCCUAAGCGUCUGCCCUACAUGGCGCCCUGUGUGCCCUUUGUACCUGCUUCAGCCAUGCUGGUCAACAUCUACCUCAUGCUUAAACUGUCUGCCAUCACCUGGAUACGAUUCUCAAUCUGGUGCAUCGUGGGUGUGAUCAUCUAUUUUGGCUAUGGCAUGUGGAAUAGUGCGCUGGAGAUCAAGGCCAGGGAGAGCGAGGUGCACGCCUCCACCUACCAGCGCUACGAUCAAGGCGUGGACGAAGGCUUCUGCGGCUUCGACGACGACUUCUACCCGCCUACCACUGACCCCUGGGGUGCGGCUCAGGGGGGAUCGGGGCUCACCCCGCCCCCUGUGGUGAAACCCGAAAGUGACGGGUCGCCAUCGAAAGGCGGAGGCAGGACCAUUGCCAAUCACGGCCUCGCCGAGGAGGAUCCGAUGGAUUUCUGA